AACAUUUCAUAUUACUUUCAGCAACCGUGUUGUUUCUCGUUGACCCAUCAUCAUUCUGUCGUCUUUGUCAUCGAUUUGUACAUCAUCAUUCACGAGAACAACAUUAGCCUUCAUCAUCAAUUUUCAAAAAGUGGAGAGAAUUCAGUUUGUUUAUCAUCUAUUUGAAUUUUGUAUAGAGAGAAGAUAUAGAAACAAAUAGAAAGGAAUUAUAUUCAAAUUGACAAGAGGCUUUUUGUUCUUGAAAAUUAACUAGUAAUAAUAGUAGAGUUGUUUAUAGUAGACGAAAGUUGGAGUUUAGCCUUUUUACUUUUUCUACAACAAUAACAAGCUCAGAGUUGAUAAUUGACUUUGGAAAUAAGACUUGUUAUUAUUAAAUAUGUUACAACCCUAUCGCAAAAGAGUUGAGUCCAAGAAUGGAUCAUCAACAAGUGAAGAUCCAAGGGAAGUUGUUGACAAAAUGGUAGAGAAUGCAAACUCUCACAAAAUACUCAAUGCUUCAAUACAAAAGGAUAAUCAAAGUUCUAAGAGGUUCACAGAAAGAGAUCUUUCAAAAAUAUGUCUAUUGGUAAAUUUACAACAUUUAGAUUUGACUGGACAUUGUAUACAAGCUCUUCCUUCAAAUAUAACAAAUUUAGCAAAUUUACGAACACUGGUGAUGAAUAAGAGUGAGCUUGUUGCUCCCCCUAAAAACUUUGAACUUUUGGAACCUUCACUGACCGAUGUCCAGUUCAGAUUAAAUAAUUUCAAAGAUUGGCCAAUUCAACUCAACAAAAUUAACCUUCAAAGAUUAGAUCUAAGUUUUAAUCGUUUGAAUAAGAUAUCUGUUUCGUCUCCAAAUUUAUCGAGCUUUAUAUUUGGUGAACGUUCAGUACCAUUACAAACAUCUUUAAGAGAAUUGAAUCUAAGUUAUAACUACUUUACAAAUUUUCCAACAGAUUUGUUAAAAUUUUCUGCUCUUGAAAAAUUAGACUUGACAAAGAACGAUUUGGUAACCUUGCCUGACCUGGGUAAAAUGGCAGAUACUUUGAAGGAAUUAAUGUUAGAAGGUUGUGGAUUUACAACAUUUCCAAUAACUAUUUGUAACUUACUCAAUCUCAAGGUUUUAAAUGUAAGCAAUAACGAAUUCGAAUGGUUUCCACAAACUCAAGGUUUGAUGAGUCAAUUGAGCCAGUUAUCAGAACUAUAUGCCAAUUCUUGUAAAUUACAUGGGUGGUCUCAAUUAUUUUGCCAAGCAAAAUUGGUAAUUUUACAACUUUCAAAUAAUAAGAUAAGAGGUGUUCCGACAGAAGUUAGAACUCUUUCACUACUAGAAGAGUUGGUGCUUUCCAAAAAUUUUAUCACACAUAUUCCUGAACACUUUAGUGAAUUUGUAAAUUUGGUUUAUUUAGAUUUAUCAGAGAACAAUAUUGAAGAUAUUGAUCCCGCUUUUGGAAACCUCAAAAAACUGGAGAUAUUCAAGCUUAAAUCUAAUAGACUAUUCGAGAUUCCUGACGAGUUAUGUGAGCUUGAGAGUUUGAAAGAGAUUGAUUUGAGCGAAAAUGACUUGAAGAAGAUGUUUGAUUGUUCGAAAAUGACCAACUUGGAAAGAUUAGACGUGACAUACAAUUAUUUGGAAGAGUUCCCUAAAAUUGGUGGCUGUAAAAAUCUUACUUCUCUCGAUUUAACUAUGAACAGAUUAAGAGGAGCUAUACCUGACUACUUUUAUGAUCUGGUAAAUCUUAGAAAUUGUAAAUUGAAACACAACUCGCUGGAAAGUUUGGACGCAAAAAUUUGCAAUCUUGUCGAAUUGGAAACAUUGAACUUAGAUAAUAAUGAAAUAUUAUCUAUACCCGAAGAGGUUAUGCUUUUGAAAAAGCUGAAAAACUUUUCAAUCAUUAAUAACUAUGAAUUGAAACCUCAAGAAAAUAUCAAAAAACAUAUGGAAGAUAAUGAUAUAGUAUUCCAAUACACAUACGAAGAACCAAGCAAGAUUAGAGAUUAUUUGUUUUUGAGUAGUGCACCACCAGCUGGAUCUAGGAGACUUCUCAAAUCACUAAACGUCUCACAUGUUAUUACUAUUGCCAAAGAUAUCCCACCAAGACAUAAGAAUGAUUUCAAGUAUAUGGUAAUAUUUGCUGAAGAUACUAAUGAAGCAUCCCUUAGAUCUCACUUUGAGGAAACACGCGAGUUUAUCAAUGAAGCUAAAAAGCAAGGCACUGCAUGUAUGGUACAUUGCAUGGCAGGUGUCAGUAGAUCAACUGCAAGAAGCAUACAAGGAAGUUUAUGCUAUCAGAAAUAUAAUCAAACCAAAUACCAAAUUUUACAAUGA